AUGCGAUCAUCCGGUGUCCUCGCAUGGACAUGCCUCGCCGUCGCCCUCGCUUGCGACGGCGGCGAGAACGUGCUCGACACUGGACUGACCGUGAACGACGAGGCACAGUUUCGCGAGCGCAAUUGCGUCCCGGGACCGCUUGCCAAGGAGAUCAACAAAACCUACGUCGAAGCCCUCGGGGAUGGCUUCUCUCCCGCGGAUGGGAGCAUCCCGGACGGUCUUGGCGAUUCCGAGGAGGCCCGCAUACGCCUGGGAACUGGCUUAAGAUCAGACGACGGCCUCUGGGAGGUCCGGCCCUCGCCCGGCAAGGGCCUCGGCGUCUUCGCCCUGCAAACGAUACACGCGGGCACUCGCAUCCUCGACGAGAGCCCGCUCUUCACCAUCGACCCGGGCAGCCUCGUCAGCGGGCAGGGCUUUUCCUUCGCCGCCAUUGCGGUGGCCGUCGACGAGGCCUUCGCGGCGCUCAACGCCACGGCGCGCGCCGAGUUCCUCUCGUGUCCGGAGCACCGCAACCUGGACGACGAGGCCGACGCCGCGUGGAGCCGCGAGGCGCUCGUCUUCCGCACCAACGCGUACACCAUGCCCGGCGGUACCGUGGGCAUCUUCCCGCGCGUCGCCAAGGUGAACCACUCGUGCCGGCCCAACGCCGGGGCGGCCACUGUCGGCGGUGGUGGCAGCGGCGAUGAAGGGCCGGCGAGGCGGAUCGUCUAUGCGGCGCGGGACAUCCGCACCGGCGAGGAGGUUACCGUCACCUACGCGCCGCUGGCGCAGACGACAGACGAGAGGCGGGCCCGGCUCGCGCAGUGGGGGUUCACGUGCGACUGCGCGGCGUGCGAGACACGGGACGACGACGAGCAGAGGGUUGAGAUGAGGCGGCUGAUGGGCGUGAUCGAGGCGGAGCUCGGGAGGACCGACUUUGGCAGGGACGUGCAGCCGGACACCGAAAAGCUGGUGAGGCUCGUCGAGGAGGUCGGGCUGUCGGAUUACCUCGUCAAGGCGUACAAGUACGCGGCGUACGCGGCGUCGCGGUCCGGCAAGUUCGGUGCGGCGAGGCGGUGGGCGAGGAAGGAGCUGGCGGUGCACGAGAUCGCGGACGCGCAGUCACGGUACGCGAAGGAAACAAGGGCGUUCCUGGAGUCUCUCCCGUUGUUGUGA